AUGACUGAUAAAUUACCACAUAACCUGUUGGCGCUUUUUGCGCCUCGACCCCCCCUUCCUUAUGCAAAACCAUUGGAUAGAGACCCUGUUAAACGCAAAGGACCUACAGUUACUGGAGUUGGUCAAUAUGUUCCAUUGUUGAAGGACUAUGAUCCAGAAUACGUACCAACAGAAACGGUCGAAGAGAAGAAAAAGCGUAAGCUCGCUGAAAAAAAGAAAAAGGCAGAGGAAGCCAUCAAGAAAGGACUUGAAGAAUGGGAUCCUAACAAAGAUGAAAAUGUCACUGGUGAUCCAUUCAAGACUUUGUUCGUUGCAAGAAUGUCAUUUGACAUAACAGAAAAAGAUUUACGACGUGAAUUCGAGAUGUAUGGUCCUAUCGAAAACAUACGAAUUGUAAAAAGAAAAGAUGAUGGCAAACCUAGAGGUUAUGCUUUCGUUGAAUUCGAAAGAGAAAAAGAUAUGAAAGCUGCCUAUAAAGAUGCAGACGGUGUCAAACUCCUGGGUAGACGUAUUUUAGUUGAUGUAGAACGUGGAAGGACCGUUAAGGGUUGGCGACCACGUCGAUUAGGUGGUGGACUUGGUGGAACACGUAUCGGGGGUCCUGAACAAAAUCAAAAAUAUUCAGGUAGAGAAGGUAGCUACGCUAUUCAUACAAGUCAUCCUCCUCCAGUUUCUUCUCAUGAUAGAGAUUAUCGUAGUCAUUCUCGAGGGGGAACAAGCGGGGGGUACGGAUAUAGUAGUAGUAGUAAUGGGUCUAGAUAUGGUAGUAGGCAUGGUGGUUAUGGAAGUAGCUAUGAUCGGGAUCGAGAUUAUAGACGACGUAGUGGUCGCAGUCGUUCAAGAAGUCCUGGGCGAUACAGAGAUGAUAGAUAUGGGUCGAAAGGUAGGGAUAGAAGGAGGUAA